AUGCUGCUGGCGCUGACCACCACCAGAGCCGCCUCGCUGCGUAGCGCCACCCCGACCAGCUCCACCUCCUCCACCACCGCCUCCUCCACCUCCGCCACCACCGCCGCCUCCGCUCCCACCGCUACCGCCUCCGCCGCCUCCGCCUCCACUGUCGCCACCGACACCUCCACCCCCGCCACCACUCCUACCGCCACCCCCACUCCCUCCGCCGCCUCGACCGCCGCCUCCACCACCCCCGCUAGCUCCUCCAGCGCCCCUGCCUCCUUUGCCCUUGCCAGAGCGGCGUCUCCCGCUUGGGGUAGACGCCGCAUCGACCGAAUCAAGACAAACGAGGUUGGUCGCAGCAGCGGAGGCGACAGAGGGCAAAAGGGGGGAGGGGGAACACCCCUCAAAGAUGGGGAACUCAGCAGGAAGCGCAGCGCGGUAGCGAGUGUCACUAGUGCGGAGGUGCGUAAUGAGGUCAGCAACUAUGGUAAAGGCAGCAAGGUCAGGGAAGAGGUACGCUAG